AUGUCUGUUAUAUUACUUGGAGUAUGCAGUACCCAUUAUAAAGGAUCCUUCUCACUAAAUUCACAACUCUCUGUGACUAUCAUGUCUCAAUCCAUGCCCUCUGUGGACCUUUCUGAGUCUCGUCAAUCUAAUUUGUAUGCUUCUUCAACAAUACCGUUCUUUGUCGCUGUUCUCUGUGUUGGUCUUCGGUUCUGGUGCCGCUGGAAAAACACUGCAGGUAUAUGGGUUGAUGACUGGUUGAUUUUAGCCUCUUUGGCUUGCGGCACUGGUCUGACGGCUUCGUUAUUAUGGUGGAUACCUCGCGCUCUGGGAAGGCACAUUCAAACAUUCGGACCCAAUGCUACGGAGAACGCAUAUAUCGGGCUAUUCUCUUGUGAACUCACUUACACGGGAGUCAUUGUCCUUGUCAAGUUCUCCAUCCUGGCCUUGUACUGGCGUCUAUUCAACAGAGCGAACAUAAAGAUUCCCAUUAGCCUUAUUUCCACACUGGUCUGCAUGUGGGGUAUCGCUGUAUUUUUGCUCACCCUGCUGCAAUGUAUACCUACUCGAGGAUUAUGGGAUCAAUCUGUUGAUGCAUCUUGCAAUGUUGACAGCCAAAAAUUCCUGUUUGCCAUCUCAAUCCCAAAUAUCAUCAUCGAUGUUACGCUUCUCGCACUCCCUAUACCUUAUAUCAUGAAACUCAAUACCUCGAAAAGCCAUAAGAAGGCUAUUAUGUCGAUGUUUCUUUUAAGCAGUUUUGUGUGUAUCGCCUCGAUAAUGCGACUCGUUUCAGUGAUGACUCAAGGUACUGAUGCGGACGUCAGUUGGAACUGGGUAAAUCAAGCCAUUUGGGCUAACAUCGAGGCUGAUUUGGCAAUCGUCUCAGCUUGCCUCCCAACGUUGCGACCCGUAUGGGUCGCAGGUCGACGAAAGCUUUUUGGUUCUCAAGCCACCAACCAAUCGGCCGACCCACCGUCUUGGGCUACGCCACAGAAACGUGCACAGGCGUCAUCAUGGGCUACAAAAAUACUUAAGUCGAGCUCCUACGAUAACGAGGACACGCAGCCCUUUUCUACUCUGAGUAGUCAUACCGAGGAAGGACCUCACCGUUUCUCGACAAUGGAAAACCCACAUACUAAAACGACCAUCGCGAUCCCGUUAUCAGCCCUCAAGAAAGAAGCCACAUGUGACAAGGAAGGCAUCACUGUGAACAGAGCUUGGGACAUAGAGUACAAUCACUAG